UCUUCCCAUUUAAUUGCAUGAAAAACUAGCUCCUUCCUCACUUUCCUUCGUUUCCUUCAACUACCCUCAUCUGCUUUCAAUGGCUAGCUUGAGCUUCAUCAUUGGCAUUAUCGGUAAUGUAAUUUCGAUUCUGGUUUUUGCUUCUCCCAUAAAAACCUUUUGGCGGGUGGUGAAGAAGAAAUCAACUGAGAAUUACAACGGAGUUCUCUACAUAACAAACCUCUUGAGCGCCAGCUUGUGGACUUUCUAUGGAACCAUCACUCCAGAUGGUUUACUUCUCAUAACAGUGAAUGUAACUGGUGCCAUCUUUCACCUCAUCUAUGUCACUCUCUUCCUCAUCUAUGCUCCCAGAGAUAAAAAGAUCAAGACAGCAAAGUUGGUGGCUGUGUUGGAUGUUGGCUUUCUUGGAGUCUUAAUUGCUGUGGCUCUUCUGGCAAUACAUGGGGACACGCGGCUCACCUUUGUUGGAAUUCUGUGUGCUGUUUUCAGCGUAAUCGUGUAUGCAUCACCCCUAUUAGUCAUGAAAACAGUAGUGAGAACUAAGAGUGUGGAGUAUAUGCCUUUUCUUCUCUCACUGAUCCUUUUAUUCAAUGGAGGAAUUUGGACUUUCUAUGCGCUGCUUGCAAAGGACUACUUUGUCAGAGUACCAAAUGGGAUUGGAUUUUUCCUUGGAACAAUUCAGCUGCUUCUCUAUGCAAGGUAUUGGAAACCACAGAAGCUGAAGAAAAUGUCAGAAAAUUUGGUGGAAGGAUGGCAGCAUGAUCAGCCCCUAAAUAAUUCCAGCUUGAUUUCCAGUCCAUUGCCUAAAAGGAGUGCAGAUUGA